AUGCGCUCGAUUUUCGUGAUAUUUAUAUUGACUUUCUGCAAACUCGCUGAUGGUCAACUGGAGCGAGUAAUCCCCGCUAAAUGGAACACGAUGUACGAACAGAAAAGCGGCAAGAACAAUUCCUUGACAAUUUUCCGGUUCGAAGUCGAGAACAGAGUGAGUUUUUGUCAAUUUUGUUGGUGUUAGGCAUUUAUAUUUUAUUUCAGAAUUUAAAGUGAAACCAAGUAAAAGUGAACCUGGUGAUCCACGCGCACCUCCACCGUCAAAAUAAGGACACCGCAAUUCUACAGAUGGAGGGCGCCGAUCUGCCCGACGUGGCCAAGUUCUGGAGAGCGAGGCGGUGAACAGUUCGGACAACGUCGUGCUCGCCGUUUAUCGAACGCGACAACGAUAUCGACGGACUCGUGUCGCUCUUCGUCGUUCCCGUAGAAAAGGAAGAAGGAGUGGUAGUGGUUCGUCGUCGGAGACACCGAACAGAACGCUCUUCUAACCAUCAAUAAGUAAAACAUUCCAAAAUAUCUUUUAGAUAUAGGCCUGAUGCAUUUCAGAUUGGUAAUCAACGAGAAAUCGGCGGUUCAUCUGGAUUUCGCGGCGCCGAAACUGGGCCGUCACACGUACAAACUCUACUUCAUCUACGACUCGUACCUCGGCGCCGACCAGGAGUUCGACGUGCAGUUCAAGGUCGAAGAGCAAAACUCUAUCCCAAACCUAAAUUUGUUUGAUUUGAUGGUUCGGAUUGUUGUUCGCCCCAAUUCUUUCAAAAUCAAAUACAGCUUGUUCUGA